AAGAUGAUGUUGCACCACCCUUUUACUCACAUCACCACCACACACACUCCACUUAGCUUCCCCGCCGUCGUUACUGCCUAUCAGCCGCCAGCACUGUGGAGGAGAUGUCGUCGUCUUGCUUCUGAUAACAUUAGGGGUGCCAAAGGGAUGAUUGGGUUUCACGAAAUGGAACUACAAGUUCGAGAGCACGAGUUGAAUCGGUUUGGAGUUGUGAAUAAUGCCGUUUACGCUAAUUACUGUGAGCUUGGUAUGUAUCAUAUCUCCUACAUGGUUGGUUUAAACGAUGAUCACAUAGUAUUAGCACUCUCUGAAGCGUCGUACAAGUACAUCGCACCUUUAAGGAAGAAAGAUAAGUUCUUGUUGAAAGGGAGGAUGUAUGACUACUCUGCUACCCGGAUGUAUUUUGAAUACUUUAUCUUAAAGCUUCCAAAUCAUGAGCCCAUUCUCGAGAGUAAAGCCACUGGGGUUGUGCUUGAUAAGAAUUUGCGUCCAGUUCGUAUUCCUCCACUAAUCGCAUCUAGAAUCCAUCAGUUCUGACUCAAGGGAAAC